AUGAAUGAUCAAUUGCCGUACUUAACGUUCUGCUCUUGCGAUUACUUCUUUUCUUUCUUUCUUUUGUUUUUUAAAAAACAAACUUGCUUCCUCUUUUCGCAGGUGGACUUAUCUUUGCUGACCAAUACAUUCAAAUUGCGACGAAACUUCCAACUGAUAAAAUGUAUGGCUUUGGAGAGAACUCACACCACACACUCAAAUUCUAAAAACGCAUCAAAUUUGAUAUUUUCUAAAUAUGAAUUAUAUUCUCACGACUUUAGUAAAUACAAAACUUGGUCAAUGUUAGCCAGAGACGAGCCACCAAAUUCUGCUUGGGAAGACACAAAAAAUUUAUACGGAGUUCAUCCAUUUUACAUGGUGCUCGAAGCUGAUGGUAAAGCACAUGGUGUGUUGAUACUUAACAGUAACCCGCAAGAAGUUACCACCGGACCAGGACCUCAUAUCAUUUACAGAACUAUUGGAGGCAUAUUAGAUAUCUACUUCUUCCCAGGCCCGAAACCCGAAGAAGUUAUACAGCAGUAUCACAAAUUUAUCGGGAGACCUUUUCUUCCAGCUUAUUGGGCACUAGGAUACCAACUGAGCCGAUAUGGAUACAAAAAUUUGACUGAUCUAAAAAGUGUUAUUGAAGAAAACUUAAAAGCUGAAAUUCCGCUAGAAGUAGUUUAUGCAGACAUCGAUUACAUGGAACGAUACAUGGAUUUCACCCUUGGAGCGGUCUGGACUGGAUUUGGAGAGUAUGCUCAAGAACUGCAUAAAAAAGAUAUGAAACUAAUUUUAAUCUUCGAUCCUGCAAUAGAUGUGACAAGCCCGGCUUUUGAAAGAGCUCUAAAACAGAACGUUUCAUUUAUUGAGUAUCCCAGAGAUGACCUGAUUAUGCUAGGCGUUGUAUGGCCAGAUCAUCACGCAGCAUUUCCAGACUUCUUCGAUCCGCAAAAUUCCACAAAAAACUGGUGGAUUUCCGAACUUCAGCAUUACUAUUCUACCGUUCCUUAUGAUGGAAUCUGGAUUGACAUGAAUGAGCCAGCUGCAUUUGGCACCAAUGAGGACCAUCCAUGGUACUUUGAUAACCCAGAUCACCCAGACAUUAAACCACUGAGAUGUGACUCUUUUGAGGAAGUUGAUUCAGUUUACGACAAUGCACCGUAUCUGACAAGUUCUAUCUAUCGCUUCGGCAGCAGCGGCCUCUUGUCGCAGAAGACACUGUGCAUGCUCGGCAGAACGCAUCGUGGGCAACAAAUAUUUUAUGACACAAAAAACCUUUAUGGACUUUAUGAGUCAAUGACGACUUACGAAGCUGCCGAGAAGAUACUUAAAAAAAGACCUGUUGUGAUAUCACGGUCAACUUUUCCAAGUUCUGGGAGGUAUGCCGGACAUUGGCUUGGCGACAACACAGCGUCCUGGAAUGAUUUAAUCACUUCAAUAAUUGGUGCUCUUGAGUUUAACAUAUUCGGAAUUCCAUACGUUGGCUCAGAUGUAUGUGGCUUCAACAACGCGCCCAGUGCUGAACUGUGUCUCCGUUGGCAACAGGCAGCAGCUUUUCACCCGUUUUUCCGUGACAUGGAAAGUUUGUUAACAAGUAUUCAGACCGAUAACUUAUAUUUCGACUUUUCAGUUUUGGGAAGGCACUUUUUUAUGAGCUGGAUUUUUUCUAGUAAUCAUAAUAACAACGCAUCUCCUCGCCAAGACCCAGCUGUGUGGCAAGAAGUAGCAAGAGCAACAAAAGAAGCGAAUCUUUUUAGAUACAGAUAUCUUUCUUACCUGUACAGUUUACAUUAUGAGGCGUCCUUAAAUGGUGGGACUGUAGUGCGACCCAUGUUCUUCGAGUUUCCUUCCGAGCAUGAAACUCAUGAAUUAUGGCAUCAGUUUAUGUGGGGGAACAGUAUGAUGAUUGUAGCUGUAGUGACAGAUGGAGCAGAAGAGGCUGAUGUUUAUUUUCCGCGUUCGUCAAGUUGGUACUCACUCCGUGAUACCGAACAUGGAGUCCAAGAGGGACCAGGGCGUAAAUCUAUUCAUGCAACGUCAAAUGAAAUGAUCCCAGUGUAUUUGCGCGAUUUUAGAUUCUUGUCUCUCCAGUUUUAUCUUGACUUAGGAGGUACUAUUAUUCUGGAACAAAAUCCACAAAUGACAACAAAAGCUACACGGGAGCAAAAUCUUACAAUUGUUGUUGCGCCUGAAAAACAAGUUCAAGAUCAAGGAACUCUAGAACCGCAUUCAACUGAAACCCCAACUCCAACUGACCAAACUUCUCAACCUUACUCUAUAUGGAGCACAAUCUUUGCUAUCUCAUACGACACAUAUAGCUAA